UCCUCCGACAAACAAAAUUAAUCAGUGUAUUAUUAGGUAUUAAUUGAUAAGCAAAUUUGAAAAACUCCAACCAUAUCCACGUGAGUAGUACCAUGAAACCAUUACAAGCUCCUGAUCUCGAUACUACAUAUAAAUAUAUAUCAGCUACCAAGACUUCAAAACCUCUUGAAGAGUACAUAUGCAUGCAGUCCACACCGACCAUUCUUGGAUUCCUGAACCUAAUCAACCAUGGCCGACAAACGCCCCCCAUCUUACCAUGUAAAGCCCUCUUCAAUGCAAAUUCUGUCUCUUUCUCUCCUCUUGCUUUUACUCGUGUCAUUUGCUCUCUUUCACUACUAAAUUGUAAGUCCAAAUCUUCGUGUAGAAUCCACUUCUCCUAUAAAUACCCCAACACUUUCUAGCUCUCAAACCAUCAUCAAUCUAUCAGCUGCCUAUCACCGAUAGUGUCAAUAGCUCUUGUUCAAAGGCUCUAGCUUAAUUUCCAUAGUUUCGCUCGCUUGCUAAGUUCAGCAUUAUGUCAGAUACACACCACCAAGAGCAUGAAAGUGAGGAAAAAGUCGCCGAAGAAUCAAAAGGUUGUGGGAUGUUCGAUUUCUUGAAAAAGAAAGAAAACGAGAAAUCUGGGAAACCCCAACAUGACCAAGAUGUGGGCAUGGCAGACGUCCAACAGUCACAUGGCGAUGACUCUAGCUCGUCGAGUAGUGACGAGGAAGGAGAGUCUGGGGAAAAGAAGAAGAAGGGGAUAAAGGACAAGAUCAAAGACAAGAUAUCAGGCAAAAAGAAAGAUCAUCAUGAGGAUCCUCAGCAUGCAACUAUUCCAGCUGAGAAAACCAGUGAGAAUGCACAUGUGGAAGUGACACACCCAGAGGAAAAGGGAUUUAUAGAGAAGAUCAAAGACAAGCUUCCCGGACAGCACAAGAAACAUGAAGACGGUGCUUCUGUAGAAUGUGCUGCAGAUGGACACUCCCCAGAAGGUGAGAAAAAAGGAAUCUUGGAGAAGAUCAAGGAGAAGCUGCCAGAUGGUCGUAAGAACGAAGAGAAAAAGCAUGAAAACUGAAACUGCAAUAUGAUCGAAUAGAAAGUGUCAAUCUUGGCAGCCUAUUUGUUUUCUGGUUUUGUAAUUCCAUGUCCUAUGUAAUUUUCUUGUCCUUCUAGGUUUGGAUGAAUCUGUAUGUAGGCUAGUCCUACACCUAAUCAGGAGAUUUUCUCUUUUCCAAAUCUUGCACUCUCGUACUUUUCUUAAAUUAAUGAAUUAGAAAAUCUUGUUCAGAAGCUUCUGAAUGCUACUUAGUUUCAUGCACUGAAAGAAAUAUUUGGUCCAAUCCACCCAAGACAAGUUUCUUCAAUAUAUGCUGUAAUAUAUUUUGCUUUUUAACUCAAAUCCUAAAUCACAUAAACCACAUAUAUACUAUAAACCAUAUAUACUCUAUAAGCCGUUUAUAAAAUCACAUCGAUUGUCGCAAAAUUUGAAGAAUAAAAUUCUCAAAGUAAGAAUUCUUUAACUAAAACUAGAGCUAAGUCCAAAUAAGCUUAAUACUGCACAAAAGCCUCUUUAACUAAAAUAAGAGCUAAGUCCAAAUAAGCUUAAUGCUCCACAAAAGGAAUAGACAAUGAGAGCCUGUAUAAAGUGAACCUUCUGUUUGUCAAUUUCAACGUUACAUAACCACACCCUGCAAAUAGGAAUUGUCUUAUACUACCUGC